GGUUGUUUUUUUUUGCCGUUUUUUUGAGGAGGAAAUCGAAAAAGGAGUGAGCGAUAUGGAGGUUUGUCGAGGCGGGUUUUUUGUGUACGGGCUUGCGGUUUUUUUGAUGGUCGCCUAUGGAAUCGAAGGUACUUUGGCCGUUAGGGACUCUUCUUGUCCGAGAAUAUGUCAACAGAAUGCUUACGGUGACCCGGUAUGUGGAUCGGACGGCGUCAUUUAUCCGAACAUAUGCGAAAUGAGGAAGAAAACUUGCGGAAAAGGUGUCAAACUGUCUUCGGAUCCGGGAUUGUGUCAGCGCUCGUCCGGAUCGAAAUGCGACCACAAAUGCGGUUCUGAAAAGGACCCGGUGUGCGGUACGGACGGCAGAACCUACUUGAAUCGGUGCAUGUUACAAGUGGAGAUUUGCAGAUUAGGUAUAGCACUGUCUCACUUGGGUCCGUGUAACAACAUAAGCGCCCACAGGGAGAAUUGCCCCAUCGAUUGCCAACAAGCCCCUCAAGACGGCCCCAUUUGCGGUAGCGACGGUAACGUCUAUAAAAGUACUUGUCAGAUGAAGUUGCUCACUUGCGGACAGGGUGUAGUCAAGACGAAUAAGAAAUAUUGUCAAACCACGAGACACUGUAGGGAGUCCUGUUGGAGGAACGCCAGACCCGCCUGCGGAUCAGACGGGAAAGUCUACACCAACGUUUGUAAGAUGAAGUCUAAGAAUUGUGGAAAACACGUAUUCGAAGUUCCAAUGGCCUACUGUUUCGGGCAGGAGAGGACGGCCUACGGAUCAUCAUGCCCGGUGGACUGCGAGGGUCAAAUUGAGAAACCUACCUGCGGUUCCGACGGUUACAUUUACAAGAGCGAUUGCGAGUUGAGGAUGUUAAAUUGUGGAAACAAUCGUCGAGUAAUCAAAGUAGACUUCGACAAGUGCAAGAACCGUCUCAACAAGUGCCUGAAGACGAAAUGCUCGAACCAGUUUGAUCCGGUUUGUGGCACCGAUGCCAAGACGUACAAUAACGAGUGUCAGUUAAAUUUGGCGACGUGUCUCAAGGGUGUCCAGUUCGCCCAUUUGGGUAACUGUACCGAACUGAAAGAAGACUCCUGUCCGGAAUAUUGUGAGAAUAUCGUGGAUGAGGAGCCGGUGUGCGGAAGUGACGGGAACGUUUAUAGGUCAAAAUGCCACUUAAAAAAGGAAACUUGCGGACAAUUAGUGAUCGAAGUGCCACUCCAACACUGUCGAACGACCGCCUCUUGCAACGAACAAUGCUCGGAAGUGCGGAAUUUCGUUUGCGGUAGCGACAAUAAAAUUUAUAGGAGCGAGUGCGAGAUGAAAAGAGACAACUGCGGGAAACACGUGUUCGUGGUGCCGAUGAAGCGUUGCCUCGCGGGCUUUCUCUUCCGUGGCUGUCAGAAAAUCUGUCCGACUUACUACGACCCGGUUUGUGGUACCGAUCACAUGACCUACAGCAACACCUGCUUCUUGGAAAUCGAAAAUUGCCGCUCGAGGGCGCUGGUUACCCUCAAGAAUAUGGGCACGUGUGCCGAACCCAUCAACGAAAUACCCAAGAAUUAUCUGUAUUGAUUUAAAAGCCCUGUUUCUCGUGUAACUUCUUUGCCUUUUAUGUUGUUACCAAUAUCUAAAUUGAUUCUAUAAUAUUAUGUUUGUUAAUUUAUUGUAUGCUGUAGUUCCUUCUUCUUUUUAUAAACCUUUAAUAAUUUAAUAUAGUGAAUGUGACUCGUGAUAAAAGUAGGUUAGCGCUUGAUUUCGGUGCACUGAAAAUAUAUUUAUUUUAUUAUAGUUUGAUAAGCUUAUAUGAUUCAUGUUAAUUUAAAAGUAUUUAAUUGUAUUACGAUUUGUGCCAAUUAAUUAAUUUAUUCUUGUAAUUAAAUUGACUAUUUAUUAUUUAUGUAGGGAAUUAAAUGCUAUUUUGAAAAAUAAAGUUUUCAUACUAUACAUAUA